GAGCUGGGUAUGUUACCAAAUCCCCAUUUCCUCCCUCUACUAUGCCUUGUCAAACAUACAACAUUUGCUCCAGCAAAAAAAGAUUUAACUGAAUGCAUUUGUCCUAACAAAUCAAUUAAAAUUAAGCAUCUGAUUUUUGUAAAGCUUUAAGAAGAUUUCUGCCAACAUGACAUCUGAACGCACCAGCAAUUUUACUGCUCUGCCAGGCCACACAGACCCAUUGGGAAGAUGCAAGGACGAAGAUUUCUUACAGGUGAAAACCUAUCUCUCCGUCCUUUAUGGCAUAAUUUUCCUGGUGUGCUUCCCGGGGAACGUAGUGACAAUUUUUGUUUACUUUGUCAAGAUGAGGCCCUGGAAAAGCAGCACCAUCCUUAUGUUAAACCUGGCUAUCACUGACCUACUAUAUAUAGCCACACUUCCUUUCUUUAUACACUACUCUGCUAAUGGAAAUAACUGGAUUUUUGGAAACUUCAUGUGCAAGUUUAUUCACUUCUGUUUCUACUUCAACAUGUACAGUGGUAUUAUCUUCCUUUGCUGUUUCAGCGUCUUCCGCUUUUUUGUAGUUGUUCACCCAGUUAAAUGCUUUUUUGUUCAAAAACGGAGAUGGGUGGUGGUGACUUGUGUAGUCAUUUGGAUGAUUUCCCUGGUGGCCAUCAGCCCCUUGGGCAUAUUGAUUGCCACAAGGCAUAUGCAGAAUAGGACUAUCUGCCCGGACCUGGCAGCUGCUGCGGACCUUGACACUAGUCGGUGGUAUAACUGGCUGUUGACGGUAUUUGCCUUCUUCUUGCCCUUGCUGACAGUGACUCUCUGCUACAUGCUCAUUAUUUACACCUUGGCUACCGGGCCCCACACACAGGCUUGCUACAAACAAAAGGCUCGCAGACUGGCUGUCGUCCUCUUGGUGGUCUUCUAUGUGUGCUUCCUCCCCUUCCACGUCUUUCAAGGCAUUCGGCUGGAGCUCCGAGUACGACCGGUUAGCUGCCACUUGAAGAACACAAUCCUUUUUAUGUUUAUUAUAGCUAAACCUUUAGCAGCAUUAAAUACUUUUGGAAACUUACUGCUCUAUGUAGUGACAGGAGAUAAGUUCCAGCAGGCAAUUUUCUCACUCCUCAAGUUUGGACAAACAAGAACUUAAAGUGGAAGAGAUUGAUGCCAUUAAAGAGUUAUGGAGGAAGGGUCCAAACCUGCCCUCAACCAGCCAGGCACA